CGUCCCUUUUUUCCACUUUCUACGGCCUUUCACUUGAAUUUGGACUUGCCUCUAAAAAAGUCAAACUACACAACGUUAAUACGCUCCCUUUUUGCAACCCUAAAACCCCCGCUUGUUCUUCUGAAACACCUUCAGCGCCCGUGUUCUGCGAUUUUUUUUUUUUGAUAUUUUAUUUUAGUUGGUUUUAUUUUUUCAGCUGAUCAUUUUCACAAUCAUUGGCAACAUUUCAUUCCAUCCCUAAUGGCUGGUCUUGAAACCGUUUAUGCCGUCCACAACUUUGAAGCUGAAAACCACGACGAGAUUGCAUUCAAGGUCGGGGAACCGAUCAUAGUAUUAGAAAAAGACGAGGAAUACAAGGAUGGUUGGUGGCAGGGUCAGAAUGUGAAAGGCGAAAUCGGACUGUUUCCAAUGAAUUAUACGUCUUACACCAUGCCCUCCUCGAAGCAGACCAAAAAAUCAGCAUCGUCUCAACAGCCCGCCUUAUCCCAGAAAGGACAAACGGCGCCGUCAUCGUUGGAGCACAAAAUGGAUUCGCUUCAAAGUACCAUCACACAGUACCUUCCAUCUCAGUCCACGCCCACCACCUCGCCUCAGCCAGCUAUGCCAAAGCAAGGCCGGGAAAGAGCGAAUUCUUCUGCGUCAGUUGGUUCGAACCACAGAAGUCCAGGUAGUGUUGGUAGUAACCAAGGCAAUAGGACACAUCAAAAGAUAAAUGAUGCCAUGAUGAUGCCCAGCCUUAGAGAUACAGCCCCUGAAGACUGGGACAUUGAUCAAGUAGGUGACUGGUUAGACGCCAUGAGUUUUUCACAAGAUCGACAGACUUUCAAAGAUCAAGAGAUUUCUGGUGAUAUUCUAUUGGAAUUAACAGUGGAUGCUCUUAAGGAACUCAAUGUGAAUACGUUCGGAAAGCGAUUCAAAAUGAUAAACGCUAUCAAUUACCUUAAACAACAAAAUUCCGCUCAAACACGCACAUCACAAGAUUUUGAUGAAGAAGAGGAUAUAUUAGCACGUGAAGAAGAGCGAUUAGAGCUAGGAGACGAAGAAGAGGAUAUGAUAAGAGAUAUAAGACCCCCACCUUCAAAUGUCGAUGCCAGUCGAUCGAUUCCUCCAUCCCAGAAACACCAAUACUCCAACAGUGUCAGCUCCGAUAGAAAUAAUACCAGAUCGCCUCAUCCAGGCAAUAUGGAAGAUGAUGUCGUAUCCAACUAUAGUUCAGUGGUGCCAUCAAGGUCACUGACUCACUCUCAAUCGGUUCAUCAUGUGGAUCGAUCGGCAUCUCCCAGUCUUAGUCGAUCACGGACUGUGGCAGCUGCUCCUAAUGCACCAACUCAGAAUAUGCCUGGACAAGACGCAAACCCUCGCCAGCAGCGAAAUGUAGUCUAUUCUCCGCGACUGGGUAACGCCCAACCCAGCCUUGCGCAUGUAUGGGACAAUGAAAACCAGGAAUCCUCGUCCAAAGGUGAUACGUAUAAGCCACGCUCUCCUCCUACCGCUGCUGCAAUGGCAUCAUCUCCUCCUGCAAACGGUGUUAGACGACAAGGCUCCAUCAUGACCAACAACAAAUCCAACAUCAACACCCCCGCUCCCAUCAAUAAUGGUAACACCUCACAACCUUUUCGACCAGAGCACCAGCCUUUUGAAAAGAGAGGAUCGCUUAUGCCACAACCAAAGCCACAAGGCAUUCUUCCUGUGGCGACUCGAUAUUCCGUUGACAGUCAGCGAGGCAUGAACGACAUGACGCCUGAUAUGGAAGGUUGGCUGCACAAGCAAGGCGACAAGUACAAGACAUGGAAUAAACGGUGGUUUGUUCUCAAAGGUGCCAACCUCUUUUAUUUCAAAAGUCCUCGCGAUAUUAGAAUGAAAGGCAUCAUCAAUUUGCGUGGAUAUCGAGUCAUCAGCGAUGAUUCCAUCUAUGCUGGAAAAUGGUGCUUUAAAACGCAACAUGAACGUGAACGCACCUUCUACUUUUACUGUGAUACCGAGGAAGGCAUGCGUGAGUGGGUCAAGGCACUUAUGAAAGCCACCAUUCUGCGAGACUACAAUGCGCCUGUCUUGUCUUCAAGCAACAUUCACACAGUCACCUUGGAAACUGCUAGAAAGAUGCGACCUCGCCCUCCUUCUGUCAUCUUUGGAAAGAAGAGCCCAGAAGAUAAAGAUCCUCUUUCUUCUCCAGGAAAUCGAGCCACUAGUCCUAACAGAGCACGAUCCCCUGUACAGGCCAUCCCAAACGGACCGGUACAACCACCUCCUAGAAACAUGGUAUCACCACCACUUCAAACUAGGGAGUCUGGGAUAGGAGUGUACAGCCCACCACUCACCUCCACUAAAUCGUAUAUGCCAGAGGAGCGAGUGAAGAAGGAUAGUGGAUACGACCAGUUGGUACCAACUAAUCGCUCACCUAUAGUGCCUUACUUUGGCGACCCUGACGAUGAAGAUUUGAUUGACCCUGCCCAUGGCGAAGUCAUCAAGUCGAACCGAUCUAAGAAGGCUGUGGCUGCGGCUCAAAGAUUUAUCGACGAAGAUGAAGAUGAUGUUCUUCGGGAGCAUAACCCAAGGUCCUCACUGGCGAUGAGCAACGCCUCCGAUAACCCACUUUGGACUCCUAAUCAAUAUGUUGAAUGGGUGAAUGAGCGACUUGUUACUAAGAAUAAGACCAUCAACGAUCUCAGCAGCGCUUUCCGUAGUGGCGAUACCCUUAUUCUGUUAUUGGAAGCUGUAAGCGGCAAAGUGGUUAGACGGCCCCCUGUGCAAAAGGGCGGAAGUGUCAGCAUGGCCAUGCUUGAUAACAUCGUUGCUGCAUUCAAGUUUAUGGGCCGUGAAGGUGUGAUUGUAGAUGGCCGAUAUACAAUUAAAGGUAAGGCGCGCAAUGGAUAAGAUGAUCCCUAU